AUGUUCAGCCGGGGUUGCGGGGUUAGCGCAAUGAGACACCGCGACCUAGGCCCAGAGCAGGAAAAGGAACGGAGGCAAGUGUCGGUGCUGCAGACGUCGAUCCCACUGCCGGCGUCCGCAGCCGCUGUUCGCCGCGCCCCGCCUGACAAGCGGCCACUGCCUGCCACACCGUCGCAUACAGGUGGCAAAAGUGGUCUGUCUGCAAGUUCCAGUCGUUCCACUAGCCCGCUGGGACAGGGAGCUGUCAGCUUUAUACCGCGUGCGCCAACUUCUUCAUCCGGAUCUCGACCUAACUCCUCGCUUCUAGUGCCCGGAAGUAAAAUCCCAUCGACAUUAUCACAAACUCAGCAGCACCAACAAUCACCGUCCAGUCAAAAUGGAACACCCACCAAGCAUUCCAUGCUCGACAAACUGAAGCUUUUCAAUAAAGACAAAAUAAGUAAUGAGAAACAAAGCAGCAAGAGUACUGCAGUAUCAAAACGAACCAGUUCAUCCAGUGGCUUCUCAUCAGCUAAAAGUGAAAGAUCCGACUCCAGUCUUAGUCUCAAUGAGUCUUCCAAUACUCCCAAUUCACAUAUCAAAUCUUCUAAUCUAGUAGGACCCAAAAUACGGCAACAAAGCGAUACUUUAUCAAAAGACAAGUCUGCAAAAAAUGUAAAAUCUAAGUUAGUUAAUUCUAAAUCCCCUAAAGAAUCUUCAACGAAUUUGAGCAAAGUUAACUCUAAAACAAGCAGUGACAAAUCGAGAAAUAGCCCGAAGCUUCCUGCUCGUGACAAGGAGUCUAAACUGGCUGCUCCGAAAUCUAUCAGUAAUACCAAACUAAACCAAAUCGAUGACCAUUCAAGGAAUUCUAACUCGAAGAUGGUGAAACUUUCCGGCAGUCAAAUGAGACUAAGCGAAAAACGAUCUGAAAGCAGAUCAGACAUUAAGAACCAUCAGAGUAACGAAAAUGUAUCACCACCAUCAAGUCAAGGAAGCCAGAACCAAGCAGCAGCUCAAAAUUUUGGCCCACAAACUGGCAUUCCAAAACCAACAGCUGCUGUGAAAGGAACUUUCAAAAUAGCGAAAGAUGAUAGACAUAUUAUACACAAAAGUACAAAUAGUCAAUUAAGUCCUAUACAAAGCAAUUCUAGUUUAAAUUCUACAAAUAACAUAAGUGCACUUCCAUUCAGUAGAGAACAGUCUAAUUUAAGUAAAGAUAUAACACAAAAACAGACUUUAGCUGUAUCGCCGAUGCCUGUUAAUGCGGGAAGUCAUACUCACACUUCGCAAAUGUCUGAAAGUUCCCAUUCCAAUUCUACUCAUAGUACUACAGGGCAGCAUUCUAAUUCCAGUGAUAGUAGCGUUAUAUACCGUCCUUCCAGUGAAUCUGGUUCAGAAAUAUCAAAAACUGCUACUAGUAACGCAAACAAAAGACUGGAUAUGAAUACUACUUAUAUAAAUGAAGUUAUCAAUGAAGCAGAGAUAUCAGAAAAAGAAGCAGCACAGAGAAGACCUUUGGAUAAGUCCGUUCCAAAACCGACAUUUGAUCAUAACAGAACAUUGACCGAGUUGAACAAAAGGAUGGAUGACAGUCGGUCUAGUACGCCAUCUCACGGUCGUGACAAUUCACUUGGUGACGACGAGAAUCCAAUGAUGAAUGUAUUACCCAUGAGACCAUUGUUACGAGGAUACAACAGUCAUCUGACGUUACCCAUGAGAACUUCGGGUUUAACGCAAAAGAAUAUUCCCGGUUAUCCUCAUCACGCCAACACAGUGAAAGCAAAUUUUGGCAGAGAAAAUAUGGGAUUGCGUGACCGUAUUAAUUACGGCCCCGGAUUUUCCAACCCGGAUUAUUGUGAUCUUGAAAUAGCUUCAGGAUACAUGUCAGACGGUGAUUGUUUACGACGAAUAAAUCUUGGAGAAAUGGAGUGUGCGAGAAAUAACGAUAUGAUGGAUGGAUAUAUGUCGGAAGGAGGCGCUUCGCUGUACGGUCGCCGAAUGAACUACCAGCAGCCUUCCCAGUUACAACAACUUGAUGAAAGACGCGGUGGUCGCAAUAGAGGCAUGGAAGGAGGUAGUGGCGUGGUCUACCGUGUGGUGGGGCGCACGCGCAGUAAGGCCGACUGUGGCCAACAGACUGAACGACAGCCGCCAGCGCCGCGGCAACAAGACACCACCUGGAAGAAGUAUACCGACUCACCUGGAGUUGGAGCUCCUCCAUUGAACCAGCCAGCACCAGCGCCGCCCAGCCCAUCACAUGGCAGGAAGGGAGAAAGGCGCGCUGGCCACCACUCGCCUCAGCAUCACAAGCGGGAGAAGCUGACUGCGGCCCAGCAGCUUGGAAUCGCACCGCAUCCACAGUAUGCUGCAUCGAAUUCUGGGCAACAUUCUUCAAGAAGUGGAGGAUCACAGCAGCUCCAGUCGCCAGGGGGUGGAUCCCGACCAUCUAGCGUGUCAAGCGGGGGCAACGGCAGCACUUGUUCUUCGAGUAAAGCUAAGGUGCCACAAAGCUUCGGCUACGUGAAGAGACAGAAUGGUGUUCAACCACCAGUACCACAGUCCAAUGGGCCACCACAACAUGGUGGAAGGACUGCUCAAGUUUCUGCUGUGCCAAGGACCAAAGUCAAAGUAUCGGGCGGUACACAAACAUGUACACAGGAUCUCCAAAUUCAUAAAAAUGGAAUCGGUCCGAAAUCAUUUUCUUUGGGUGGCACAGCAGCGGCGCAGCUCUCGGCUUCGGUCCGGGAGAGGUUGCUGGGGUCACAGUCACUGCCCAAACCGGGGACACAUGAGUUUGCUGCCCUCUUCCAUCAUCACAGGAUCGCACCUAGAGGUGGCAUUAAAAUAAGUGACGGCAGUCUUUCUGAUACUCAAACAUAUUCCGAAGUAAAAUCUGACUACGGGAUCCCGUAUGCGCCUUGGCUAAGACACAGGUCAACAAAAUCGGAGAAGCUUUACCCUUCAAUGCUGCAAAGAUCUUCGGAGAGCGAUUACGAGCCGUAUUAUUGUUUACCUGUACAAUAUGGACCAUCUGGACAAGGUCUGAACUACGGCGUGUCGGAGCCUCCAUCGCCAUCUCCGAGGUCAGCUCUAAGUCCGACGCAUCAGCCUGGCAAUGUGAUGCACACACCUCGACACUCACACCACUAUCCUAAAAAGAACGAUGAUGUGCACGGAUCCACUGCAUCAUUAGUGUCGACUGCAUCAUCCUUGGCUGCUGGCGCGGGAUCGGAGGAGAGGCAGGCACACGAAGUCCGGAAACUGCGGAGGGAACUAGCUGACGCUAAAGAAAAAGUGCACACGCUGACGACACAACUAACAACUAAUGCUCACGUGGUGUCUGCCUUCGAACAGAGUCUAUCCAACAUGACGCAACGGCUGCAGCAGCUCACGGCAACCGCAGAGAGAAAGGAUUCGGAGUUAACGGAGUUACGUCAAACUAUCGAAUUGCUGAGGAAACAAUCAAUACAAGCUGGGCUGACGACGGCUCAUAUGCAAUCCAUGGGUAUUCGGACGGACGGCGUGAAUGUCACCGGACCGGAGCCAGGCAAUCAAACGCAGUCGUCUCCCCAGCGUACAGCGCAGACGGGCAAUGGAGCAAUCACGCGACAUCUGUCCACCGAUAGUGUCUCAAGUAUCAACAGUCUCAGUAGUGGCUCCUCUGCACCGCAUGACAAGAAACACAAGAAGAAAGGCUGGCUCCGCUCAUCGUUCACGAAAGCUUUCUCGCGAAACGCCAAGAUAUCAAAGACGGCGAAGCACUCGUCCCUCGGGCAGUUGUCGUCACAAGACAGCUCCUCGGGAUCCCAUCACUAUGACGACCCGCACACGAUCCGAGAGGGAAGCAACGAGAACAGCCUCGAACAUUCCCAUGAGACACUCGACGUUAAGGACAAGCCGUGCCCGCAGGCCAAGACGGAAGACCAGACCAAAGAUAAACCAGACGAUUCUGGGCUAGUUGAUGAGUUGAAGAGGCAAUUAAGAGAAAAAGAUUUGGUGCUAACAGAUAUUCGAUUAGAGGCUUUAAGUUCAGCGCAUCAACUAGAAAGUCUUAAAGACACCGUCAUCAAAAUGAGGAACGAGAUGUUGAACCUCAAACAGAACAAUGAGCGACUGCAGAGGCUUGUGACGUCAAGGUCAUUAGCUGGUAGUCAAAGCUCGCUGGGUACUGGCGGCUCCGCUGUCGAGGAUCCAAGGAGGUUCAGCCUCGCGGACCAGGCUACGAUGCAUCAGGCGACGCUAGACAUGCAUUCGCAACCUCUAGACCUAGACUUCAACUGUAUGUCAUCGACCCCUACCAUGGAUUUCUCCAAAAAAGGCUCGCCUAAAUCGGGCAUGGUCGAACCCAUAUAUGGCAAUAAGGCCACAUGCGAGCUUAAUGAAAACAGCGAGACCCUAUUAGUAGCGCUGAAUGGCAGCAGCGAUUUAUUCGCGAACGGACUCAACGCGACAGAGCGGCUCAGCGGCGACUACGACAUUAACAGCGUGCUCCCGCCACCGAAAACACGCGAGCUAGCGAUAGGGGAAAGCUAUUCCGAUAUCGGUGUUGCAGACAGCCAGGGCGAUACGACUGAUGGAAAAAAGAUAGCUAUAGCCGUUUACUUAGGACAGCCGGAAACAUUCCAAAGAUAUUUUGAAGAAGUUCAAGACACGCUCACUGAAUCUGAAUGCAGAUUCUACGCCAAGCAAUCAGCGAGCUCAUAUAACAACCACUUUGAAAAGCAGUCCAGUUUUGACUCACCGCGACUGUCGCAAAACCGCAGCCCCGAAACUGAGACGCAAGACUACUCACAAAUAAAUAAGUCUAACACAAAUAGCCUUAAAAGCAAUAAAUCUACGCACAGUAGUUCGUAUAAGAACGUUUAUAAUAGUGAUUCGACAAUAAACUGUAACGAAUUCACCAUAGCUUACACUUAUAUAUCUGGCAAGACUACUUGGCAGAACUUAGAUUAUAUAGUUAGGAAGACUUUUAAAGAUUACUUGUCUAGAAUAGACUUGGGAACGAAUCUCGGUUUGAACACUGAUUCGAUAACAUCGUAUCACUUGGGCGAAGCGACGCGAGGCCCCGAAAUAGGUUUCCCUGAGCUGUUGCCCUGUGGUUAUAUUAUUGGCACUGUCAAUACGCUGUACAUCUGCUUAGAAGGAGUUGGAAGCUUGGCGUUCGAUAGUCUUAUACCAAAAAAUAUUGUAUAUAGAUAUGUUUCAUUGCUAUCGGAACACCGGCGAAUAAUUUUAUGCGGACCGAGUGGCACGGGCAAAUCGUAUCUAGCGGCAAAAUUAGCAGAGUUCUACGUACAGAAGACUCAACGUAGAGGCAACCCUGCUGAAGCUGUCGCUACUUUUAACGUUGACCGCAAAUCCUGCAACGAGCUACGCGCCUACCUGGCUAACAUCGCGGAGCAGUGCGGGGCUGCAGCGGCUGGGGAAGAAGCUGCUUUACCUUCAGUAGUCAUACUGGACAACCUCCAACAUGCCUCGGCUUUGGGAGAUGCCUUCGCUGGUCUCCUGCCUCCUGACAACAGAAAUAUGCCUGUCAUUAUCGGCACCAUGUCCCAAGCAACGUGCAACACAACGAACCUACAGCUCCAUCACAACUUCAGGUGGCUACUGACAGCCAACCACAUGGAACCCGUGAAAGGAUUUUUAGCUAGGUAUCUCCGUCGCAAGUUAUUCACCCUGGAACUGCGACUGGGUCGUCGUGAGCCAGCGUUAGCUGCGGUCUUGGAAUGGCUGCCCGGAGUAUGGUCCACGCUGAACGCCUUCCUUGAAGCGCACUCCUCAAGUGACGUCACUGUCGGCCCGAGGCUUUUCCUCGCCUGCCCCAUGGAUCUGGAGGCUAGUCAAGCGUGGUUCGCAGACGUAUGGAACUACAGCAUCGUUCCAUACGCGUCGGAAGCAGUUCGCGAGGGUAUUGCCCUCUACGGCAGACGACGACACGCCGCCAUCGACCCGCUACAGCAUAUCAAGUCCUCGUACCCCUGGAGAGAACCCAACCAUUCACAUACUCUACGAGCGAUCACAGUGGAGGAUAUUGGUAUUGAAGAAUCAAAUCAAGACUCCAACACAAAUAACAACCAGGAUCCUUUGUUGAACAUGUUAAUGCGACUACAAGAAGCAGCGAACUACAGCGGCAACCAAAGUCAGGACUCUGACAACGCGAGCAUGGAUUCGAAUCUCACUCACGACAGUUCCAUGGGCAACGAGCUAUAACGAGCCACGAACCGCCUUGACUGCAUCGUGACGUCACAAUACUCUAAGAAUUUAUACUACCCGCUGGUAUUCUGUGAUAUUGCUUUCAACACUCGUUUUCGUAGUUGAAAAUAAAAAGUAAUACCAGCAGUAAUUCCAUGCAGUGUAUGAACAAAACUGACGUUCCUUACAUGUGGAUUAUAAAUAUGAAUAUAAAGCCAAAUAUUUGCCAUAUGUACAUUAUUGAUAUUUAUUAUUUACUUAUUCUAAGUGUUAAUUUAGUUGCGAUUCUAUUAAUAAUUUUAGUUGUUUUUUUUUUCUAUAUUUUAUCGCUACAAUUAAAAGCGGUAUUUUAAAAUUAUUUUUAAAAGGUUUUACUCGGCAAUAUUUGUAUUUACUAGCAAAUAUCGAUAGCAUGAGUAUGUAAACCUUUAAUAAAUUCUGUUUUUGUUUCUUUUACAUACGGGAUGAUAUAAAUUCCACUCAUAAGUGAAUAAGAAAUAAUAACAGUGCCUGGAGCGAUGAUUUUUCCAUUUUUUUACGACGUAAUUACAAUGUUAGAUCUAAUACUGUUUAUAUGAAGCAUUGUGGCUUUUACUAUUGUUAUAUUUUUUCAAAGUUAGGAUAUAAACCGCAUUUGUAUUACUGAAUAUGUAACAUAUGAAAGUGUAAUUUUUAUACCAUUUUCAUAUUAAAAAUUUCAUGUACCUAAUAUAAAAUAUUUAAGUGUAAAUAUGUUUAAUAUAUUUUCAUUUUGUAUGCGAUUACACUAACCGCUAUCUAUCGUCAUAAACAGCGUUACUUUUGUAUAGAAAUGCGUAACAACUGUGUUACAGUGUUCGGUAUGGAUUGACUCGUGUGCAUAAGUGAAACGUGAUAUCUACAAUCUAUGCUUUACAGAAAAAUGUGAAAUAAAAAUCAUUAUAAAAAUCA